CCCGGCCUUUGUUCACCUGAAAUAAACUGCUUUAUUUCCUUUCCCGUUAAUCCAACCAGCUUCUCACUACACGUCCUUUGCAAACAGAAGGUUUGAACUGCUAUACGCCUUUUUGACAUCACACAGGUUCAAGAGUAGAAAAAGAAAAGGAUAAAGGAAGCAUUUAUGGUAGUCCUGAUCCUUAGUUUUAGUGAUUAUUUGUGCAUGUAUUUACCUCAUUAUUUGAAACUUUAUCUGAGACAGAAAAUAUGGUAAAUUUUAACUGUGCCUCUUUAAAUGUAAUAAUUUAUAAAGGUUUUGGUUUCUCCUCUGACCAGAUGAAUCAGGGCGCGGUGAUGACAUUACUGAAGCAGCUCCUGCUCCUCGCUGCUCUCCUCCUUCUGUCCAUUGUUCCCACUGAAACUGAAGUGGUGACAUCAGUGGAAAAGUGUAAUGAGUUUUUUCUGCAGCAAACUCCACCAAACAUCACAAGAAUUUUGGAGAGAGGGAAAAUCUUGAACCAAAACAGAUACAAGCUGAUUUGCCAGACUUUGAAUGACACCAGAACAUUUGUGACGCUGUACGACACCCAGAACAAGAUUCCAGUUUUUUCUGCUGCAGAGUUCAAUGGGAACAUAUCUGGAAGACCCGAUAUAUGGAUGAUUGAACCACAGCUUGAAAACACAACUGACAAUCCAAAUAUGAGACCAUCAAACGACAGUAUCGAUUACGAGAACCAGGCUGGGAACAAAGACUACAAAAACACAGGUUUUAGCAGAGGACACUUGUUUCCAAACUCUUAUGGAUCUACUGAUUUAAAAAAAAAUUCUACUUUUACUCUGACUAACAUUGUUCCACAAAUAAUUAAGUUCAACAGCGGAAGCUGGAAUAAAAUGGAGGAAUGCAUCAAAUGUGUUUUGAAUAAAUAUUGCAUUAACAACAAUGGCAAUAUAGAAGGCUUUGUAGUUAUCGGAGCACAGCCCAGCAACAACAGUCUCAACAACAGGAUCAAUAUUCCUUCAGUGCUCUGGUCGGCCUUCUGCUGCUACAGUCACAGUAAGAACAGCUGGCUGUCAAGUGCACACUGGGGCAACAACACAGAUCAUAAACCUGAACAUCUGAAGACAAGGACCUUGGGAAAACUCCACAGAGAGCUGAAAAUUGAAGUAUUUCCUAAAACAAAAUGUCCUAAAAAUACAACAGUUACUCAUCUGUAUUCAAACCUUCCCUCUAACUGCUCCUGCCCAAAAACGUCAAGUAAAUCUGCCCCUACUACAUCCACAGCUACCACUUCGGUUUCUGCGUCUUCUUCUUCCACAUAUAAUUCAUCUUUCUCUUCCCCUGAAACAUCUGUCCCACUUUCCACCACAUCUGGCAAAUCAACAACUGCCCCUAUGAGUACUACAAUUGCAUCAGUCAAAAAGUUUAAAGUAAAUGAGAAUGAUGUAAAAGGAAAACAUUUUCUUGGACCUAAAAAGAAGAAAAUCCCAACUUAAAAGUCAGAUUUUUUUCAGUUUACUUGCUUAGAAGAAUCAUGGGAAGAAAGAAAUCAUUAAAUCAAAAAGUGAUUUGGAAAAGCUGAAAAUCAUGAAAAUGUUAAAGGAAAUAACCUGGAAAUGAAUCAUUUACUUUAAUGAAGACAAAAUUAAAAAUAAUGUAAAAUAAUGAUGGUUAUUUUCUUAAUCUGGUUUUACUCAGUAGGUGUUUUAUUUUUUUUUAUUCAUAAUAACGUUGUUAUCAUGUGCUGCAGCUGCCUUUAGUUUAGUUACUGUGUUUUCUUCCCUGUUUGGAAUUUCUCAGACUAUGAACACAGACAUAUACACCAGCUGUCUCAAUAUUGGAACUUUCACAUCUAGAUACUGUAGCAUUGAUUUAUGUUGUGUAGAUUUACAAAUAGAGGAUUAGACAAAAGUAUGUGCAUUUUACAUAUUUACAGGAGAAGGGAGCGUCUGUGCCCCUGCUCAAUGUGACAAAUCCAAAUAACUUUGUAUUGAGCCGAUUCAGGUUUUACCAUUAAUUUGUGUCCCAUGUUUAUGUAAAAAAGCCAAAUAUUUCUGAGAUGUGAUUAUUUUUCAGUUUAUCAUUGCUGCUUAAGUUGUAUUAAAUAGGAUGUGAUGUUUCAUGUAACUGUUUUGCAGUGUUUGCAUCAUAAGCGUUAUUUUGAAGUGGAAGGGCAUCAUUAGUUUUUCUCCUGUUCACUUUGAUCAUUUCAGGCAGAUGUUGUUUUUUGUGUUUUUUUCUAUUUACCUGUGUCUCUCUACACUCCAUACUAGGUGCUGUUUUAAACUUCACAAGGCAACGCCUGUUAAAAUGUCAUAAAGAAACUUACAGACAAAACUCAGUGCUUAAUAAACAACACAUUAAUGUGACAGCUGGGUCCUGUAUUACCUGGGUGGGUGCGAUCAAACUUCCGGUUGAGUGAACGCUGGUGCGACUUGCUGGCGCUACUCACCGUUAUCUUUUUAUCUUUUAUUUAUAUAUUCUUUGAUACAUCUUAACAAAUGAUAAAUCUUCUUGUCUUCUACUGACACUACUGGUGAUCUAGUGAAUUUUGCAAGUGCCUGAGUAUUUUGGGUCUAGUUCAUCUGCCUGUUUGUUUUGGCCGUUGUCUACUGUUUAGCUUACCUGACUGUCCGUGAUGUGGCCUAGCAGGAUCUGCGUCUUGCUCGUGUGGGUCUGGAUUUUUAUGUCAUUGGUCCACCGACCUAGUGCUGGACUUUACCAAUGAAACAACUCAAGAGCAGGACUUUGUUUAAAAAGGUUGAACAGUUUGUUUGCAAACACACCAGGUGCUAUAUACAAAAUGUGCAAGGGGGAAAAGUCCAGGGAAUCCAAGAGUGGGGAAGGGCAGCCA